AUGUCAGGAUCUCCUGCACCUUUCCCUCGUCCUCCACUCAAACCAAUGACCUCGACAGGAAGUAAGCUCUCUGUUAGAAUGGGAACCACCAGAGCAAGACGUACAUCUUCCGUUGGAAGAAUCGAUCUUGGUGAUACUGUUUCUGGUCUUGGUACGAUGUUCGAGACAAAAGAAUCUAGAACAGCUUCCAAGAAGAGAAUGUUACAAUUGACUGAAGCUUCAAAGAAUGAUAAGGAUCUAAUUAAGAAAUUUUGGUUAUCAUUCAGGGAAAUGAACUAUCGUCAUACUUGGAUCGCUCCGUUGAUCAUCUUAAUCAUCGUUUAUAGUGCAUACUUCACUUCAGGUAACAGAACUCAAACAAAUCCACUGCAUAAAUUUGUAGCCAUAUCUUAUAGAGUUGGCGACACAGAAGAAUACGCUAAGGGCAUUAACGAUCUAGCGUUUGUCUUCUACUAUAUGAUCUUCUUCACUUUCUUAAGAGAAUUCCUCUUAGAUAUAGUGCUUAGACCAAUCCCUGAAUUAUUGAACGCUCAAACAGAACAUAAGAAGAAAAGAAUCCUUGAACAAAUGUUCUACAUCGUUUAUUAUGGAUUCUCAGCUCCAUUCGGCCUCUAUAUCAUGUAUCAUUCAGACCUAUGGUUUUUCAAAACAGCUCCCAUGUACGAAACGUAUCCAGAUUUAACUAAUCCGAAAUUAUUCAAGAUCUUUUACCUAGGUCAAGCUGCAUUUUGGGCUCAACAAGCAUGUGUCCUCGUGCUUCAAUUGGAAAAACCAAGAAAAGAUCACACAGAAAUGAUCUUCCAUCAUAUCGUAACAUUACUAUUAGUUUGGGCCUCAUACGUUUUCCAUUUCACCAAAAUGGGGCUAGCUGUUUACAUCACUAUGGAUUUCUCUGAUUUUUUCUUAUCACUUUCAAAGAUAUUUAAUUAUUUGGAUUCCCCAUUUACACCACCGGUAUUCUUCAUAUUCGUAGUUUGUUGGAUUUAUCUACGUCAUGUCGUCAAUAUUAGAAUCCUUUGGUCUGUGUUAACUGAAUUUAAGACUGUCGGUGAUUAUGUGUUGGAUUUCGCUACUCAGCAAUAUAAAUGUUGGAUCUCUUUACCAAUCGUUUUCGUUUUGAUUGCAGCCUUACAAUUGGUUAAUUUGUACUGGCUAUUCUUAAUCUUUAGGAUUUUAUAUAGAAUGGUGUGGAAGGGUAUAGUAGAGGAUACAAGAAGUGAUUCUGAAUCAGAUUCUGAAGAACCAACGACUCCAAGCGCUGAUGAAAAGAAAGGACUCUGA